AUGGAUGAUUAUGAUAAUUACAACAGAGAACUGUAUCAGAUGAAUACUAAUUCGUAUCCGAUAAGUAAUGGCGUUGGACCAAAUAGUCCGAAAAACGAAUAUGACCAACAAAAAAUAGAGACAGACGAGCCAUUGUAUGAAAACUUCUUUAAUAUUGAAAAUGGAGAGAGGGAUUUUGAUGCUUUUAAAGCUAAUGUGACUGAUAGAACAGAAAUAAAAGAAGACGGAGGUACGAUAAAUUUUAAUAUGCUUGGGGAUUUUAAGAGUUAUGAUAACAUGGAUUUAGAUGAAUCGCCACCAUUUAAUGUAAAUUUUGAUACAUAUUAUGAUCCACUUAUAGAUCAACAGGAAAUUUCGAAUGAGGCCAAUGCAUUGUUCAAUUCGGAUAAUAACCAAGAUAAUGUUAAUAUACCGAAUAACAUUGAAGGCUUGGCUUCGAAGCAAGAGUUUGUCAACACAACAUCCAUUCCUAGAGUACCAUCACAACAGAGUUUCAUGCCCCAUACAAGUUCCUUUGUAAGCAUGAAUAAUUUCAGGAAUAACGUCUCCUUUGACGGGUUCGCCGAGGGUCUGGUUGAUACAAAGGACUACAAUUUCAAUAAGAACAACAACAUUAAUAAUAAUGCUUCAAAUAUGUCAGGGAAAAGGUCGAUAUCGAAUGCAAGUUUGAGUAUCAAUAAUACAAAUAGUCAUUAUAAUGAAUUAUCACCAUUGACUACGACAACAUCAUUAACUCCGUCAGUAAACUCCGUUCAUUCGACCCAACUCUCUUUCUUUUCUGCCAACCAAUACUUAACUAGGAAUUCAUUGGAUCAUCCUCCAUCUCAACAACAUCGUCCAUCGAUCGAUCUUUAUUCAAAAGCGAGAACUUCGUUUGAUAGUCAACAAUCAUCCAUCAAUCAACGCCAAAGAAGUCAGGUAGGUGGAAGAUACACGAGUUUUACCAACUCAAUAAGCAACUAUAUCCCAUUUAUGAGUGAUAGAAAUCAAAGGACUUCUAAUAACUCUACACCUUCGGAGUCUCUUUCGCCUCCACAACCAUCUGCAUUCAUAAAUAUUCCUCCGCAGCAAGCUCAACAACCUAGACAUUUAAUAAGAAGCAUCUUUAAGAGCUCAACAGUGCCAAAUAAUACAAACAAUAAUAGUAAUGAGGACGAUAUUGAAAAUACAAGUGAACAGGAUAUACUAAAUGGAGAAUUCAAUAAUCUCACACCGUCUGUCAAUAAUAAUAAUAGUAAGAAUAUUGAUAAUAUUGUUGAUGAUUCAGAAUUUCUAGAUAUGGAACGUCUGCAACAGGAAAUGGAAGAAGAUAAUAUUGAAUCUAAUUUGGCUACUAAGAAAGCAAAAAGAUCUAAGAGAAGUUUGUUCACAAGAUUUAAGACACCAGUUAAAACGGAACCCAACGAAAAUCUCGAGCUUUACAAGAGUGAAGAAAUAUUAGGCAACAAGAAAGAUUUUAACGACGAAAAUACAGAAGCUGAUAUGGUUGGUGGCGCAUCUUUGCAUGGAUUAUCCAUAAAUGGAACGCCUUCGUUGGAUUCGAAUAAUGUUGUGAAUGGAACGGUUUUAGAUGCAUCAUUGCUGAAUAACUCUAAUAAUAUACCCAAUAUACCAGGAAACUCAGUGUUGGAACCUGAUUAUGCAGCAUUAUUUGAAAAAGUUGGUAAAAGAAAAAAUAUUGUAAAUCCUGCAACCUAUAUUAGAAACAAACCUAAAUACAAAAAUGAACAAUCGGAAGUCAAUAGUAUAAAUGGAAGUAAUAAUAAUUCGAUUUCAAACACAGAAAAGUCUUCUAUCCUAAACUAUAAUUCAGGUGGAAGUUAUCCAGAGAAUGUUGAUCCCCGUAACAUUAAUAGCAUACACUCAAAUGAUUCUUCCUUAAACAAUAGAAAUAUACGGACUGAAGGUGGUGAAAGCGAUUCAGAUCUCAGCACAUCCUUGGGUUCUAGUAAUAAUACUCCUUCAUCAUUGACCACCGCAUCUAAGCGUAUUCUUGGUUCAAAACUAAUGCUGAAGAGAAAAAACUCCCAGACAAACAUGAAUGCUGCUCCACCACCACCACCACCACCACCGACAACCAAAACUAUAAUAUCUGAAGGAGUUGAAGUAGAAGUUGAUUUACAGUCUCUUGAUUUGCCUCCUACUACACAAAUCUUUCCAACCAAUAUUAUCAAUUCAAAAAAUAGGACUCGUGGUCGUAAGGAAAAUAAAGAAGCUGAUUUAGUAGAUCUGAGCAAAAUUUACUUAUGCAAUUAUUGUUCAAGACGAUUCAAAAGACAAGAGCAUUUAAAGAGGCAUUUUAGAUCUUUGCAUACUUUUGAAAAGCCUUAUGAUUGCUCUAUUUGUCAUAAAAAAUUCAGUAGGUCUGAUAAUCUUAACCAGCAUUUGAAAAUUCAUAAGCAAGAAGAGGAGUUAGCAAAACAGAUCAAUGCGCUGGAAAAUAUCAAAAUCGAAUCUCAUGAUAUCCUCUAA